UUAUUAAGGUAAGAAAAGUUAUUUUAACAUAAACCACGAUUGUGACAAUAAUUGAGGGUUAAGGCGAUCUGUUGUGUGUGAAAAAGUGUUCGAGACAACCUUAAAAAGCAAAGGGUGUUGAAAAAACGUUGGUGAUCUGUUGUGAUUGGAAAUGGCAGAGGAGUUGAUUCUGUUGGAUGACUGGCUGAGUAUGUACGGCAUGAGAGCAAGGAUAGCACUUGCAGAGAAGGAGAUAAAGUAUGAAUACAGAGAAGAGGAUCUGGGAAACAAGACCCAACUGCUUCUGCAAAUGAAUCCAAUUCACAAGAAGAUUCCAGUUCUCAUCCACAAUGGUAAACCCAUAUGUGAGUCCAUCAUUAUUGUUGAGUAUAUUGAUGAGGUUUGGAAGGAGAAAGGCUCUUUCUUACCCUCAGAUCCUUAUGAGAGAGCUCAGGCCAGGUUCUGGGCAGAUUUUGUGAACAAAAAGAUAGGUGAUGUUGGGUGGAAGAUAUGGGCAGGAAAGAGAGAAGGGAUUGAAGAGGCAAAGAAAGAGUUUGUGGAGGGCUUAAAGGAAUUGGAGAAGGAGCUUGGAGAGAAGGCUUACUUUGGGGGAGACACAUUUGGAUUUGUUGACAUUGCUCUCAUCCCUUUCUCCACCUGGUUUUACACUUAUGAGGCAUUGGGGAAUUUCAAAGUGAAGGAAGAGUCUCCUAAGAUCAUUGCUUGGGUUGAGAGAUGCAAUCAGAGGGAAAGUGUUUCCAAAUCUCUUGCUCCUGAGAAGGACGUCUAUGACUUUGUUCUAAGCUACAGACAGAGCCAUCACUUGGACUAAGACCAGAAUAAACUUUUGUCAUCAAAGGAACUUUGUUAUUGCUUUCAACUUUCUGUAUCUCUAUAUAUUAAAUGCCAACUUUACUUAUGCAAAUUUCUGGCUUUCAGGUUAUCAUUAAUUUCUUGCAAAACUAAGGUUGCGUUGAAGAUGAUUUGAAGAAGAUGGAUUUUUCAUCAAUGUAUUAUAAUAAUAAUAAUUAUUUAUUAUAUAUGAUUUUCCAUCUUCAAUCCAAAGAAUCGCUUCCUUUCCAA